GUCACUGUCCGGCCAAGCAAGCAUCAAGACAUCUCUAUCAACUCCUAUCCGUGUCUGCAUCUACUUCUACAACUCGCAUUCAAUUCUACACUUACUCACACGCAAAAUCCUCUUCUUCAACAAAUACCACAAUCACCACCAUCAUCAAAAUGACUGUCAAGGCCACCACCUGCUGCCGCCAGGGCACCGACGCCGAGUGUGCUUGUGCCCAGAAAGCCACCUGCUCAUGCGGCGAGCAAUCUGCUCUUCACUGCACCUGUGCUAAGGCCAACACCGAGAAUGUCCUCGAGGGCCCACGCUGCUCAUGCCGUGCUCGUCCUGCCGGCCAGUGCACCUGUGACCGAGCCUCUACGGAGAAUGCGCCCGUCUCAGGCUCAACCUGCCAGUGCGGUGCUCGACCAGCCACUGGCUGCACUUGCGAGAAAGCCACCGAUGGCGGCUACAACCCUUCCAACGAGAUCGACUUCACCAACUUCUCCAAAUAAAUGAAGAGAGCGACUUACGAGAUGCGCACUUGAAAAACGCUUGCAUAGAUCCUCUUUCUUUUCUAUAAUUUUUUUCUCAUCUUAUUUCCCUCCCUUUUGGUCCGAGGUGGCGUUUAGGGCGGCAUUGGAAUGCGGAAUCACGGGUUCAUAACUUUGGCUGCAGGCUUGCAGCUGCAUACAUUUUACGAGAGGUUGCAUGCACAUGCACAUAUGAAUUGGCAGGCCGGCAAUCGCCUAAUCUGCGGGCGCGUUGCUACAUCGGGUCUGGAUCUGGGUCUGUCCCGUUGUUAUUGUUGUCCCGUACAACACGGCUGGGAAAUGGCGUUUGGUGGUCCAAGAUAUCCUCCCUCGCGAGGCAUUUAGAUAAUAACAAUAAAUGAAAUAAAUCAAUAUAAACAUAAUAAGCUAAGAAUUAGCG